AUGGAUGCCUCGCGCGAACGUCUCCAGGAUGAUAGCUUCAAGAAUACGCAUUGCCUUUCCGAGGAGGCACCGCCCACGUUCACCGAGGACCCCAUCAUUCGCGACGUGUACAUCGACGUGUACCUCGCAGCGACCUUCCACCAUAUCUCACUCAAGGAAGCCCAGUUCAUGCUCGACAGCCUUCACCGGACACUCGUUGCGUUAUCAAAGCGCCCCGGUGUCGAAUUGCAAGGACUGGACGCGAUGGCGCGUACCCUUCCUGACGUCUGUCGGCGACUAGGCUUGGACCCCGGCCAACACGCAGUUUACUACUUCCUUUGCGAUAUAUGUUGGACUCGCCACCAGCCCUCUGAGCUCUAUCAGCUGGAGACCUCGGGAUGUACACGGCCUGGAUGCUCUGGCGUUCUAUUUGUGACGAAACAAAUCGAUGGACGUACGGAACGCAUCCCGCUCAAGAUUCUUCCUGUCGCAUCCAGUAUCGGUGACUAG